AUGUCAUACGCCUUCCACUUCCCAUCCCCACCCCUAUCGAGCCACACCACGUCGACCGGUGGGAUAACGAUACGGUCGCACCCUCGGCAGGACUGGUGGCGUACCCCUCCGCCAACACGGGUGGAGCGGGCGGAAGGGCCGUUCUACUGCCGUCGUAUCUCCGCCACCUCGCCGCGGUGGAGGUUCAGCGCCUGGAUCACGUCCGACUACACCGUGCAGUACGACCAGGCCGGUGUACUCCUCUUUGCGGGCAGGCCGGCAGAGCAGGAUGCCCAUUGGAUCAAGGCCGGGGUCGAGAUGGAACAUGGUGCCACUUUCCUGGCCUGCGUCACCUCGGCGCCCUGGAGCGACUUUUCCACAUCCCCCUCCCCCUCUCCCUCGCCCAUCACGCCAACUCAGGCCGUCUUCAUCCAGCUCACGCGCAACACGACCGAAAUUGGAGACACCAUCGUCAUCAAGUACUACCUCUCUCCUCCCGCCGUCGCCGACGACGAGGACAGACACCGCACCGACCCCUCGUGGCUUCCAGACGACAAGGACCUCGUCCAGCUGCGCGAGAUCCCCGCCUUCAACGUCCUCCCCGACGGAUCCCGCAGGCAGACGGACGAGUGGUACGUCGGCGUCAUGACUUGCGGUCCCAAGAACGACGAGGGCACACAGGCCACCUUUGAAGCGCUCAGGUUCGAAGAGUUCUAG